AUGCCAGCAAUGCAAUACUUCGAGAAAGCGCAAACGACUUUCAAGCCCCCUCUAAUCGCCAACGAGAACGCCUACCUCGGUGACGUCGUAUCAUCGGAGUCCACAGACCCAGAUAAGCCCAUCAGCGGCGGUUUCUACCGUCUAGAAAAGGGAACACCACUCGUGUACACGUAUACGUACGAUGAGAUCAAGAUCAUAGUAGAUGGCCACUUCUACAUCAGCGAUGAGACGGGCAAGGAAGUGAAGGCUGAGAAGGGUGAUGUGUUCUUCUUUCCCAAGGGGAGCAAGAUUACGUUCAAGACGGAUGAUUUUGGAUUGGGCUUUUUCGUCGGGCAGAGGAAGAAGGAUGGUGCGUAG